ACUAAUCUCGAGACCAUUAAGCUUGCGCCAUCGCUUAAUUCGGUAUAGCUAAUUGUUCAUACGUCAAAUUUGGCUACAUAACCUGCCUUAUAAUCACAACACCGACAAUACAAUAACGUCUUGGUUAUUUAUGCCAAAUAUAGCCAGCUUGCCAUUAUCUAUUGAGCAUAUUAUGCCGGGUGAUGUGCUCAGCCACGGUUUGAUGGUAAUUCCUGUAAAAAAAUUAACAAAUGUCCAUCUCGUAACGAGGGUACUUCUGAUGAAAGAAUUUGCUGUGGACAAUCCUAUGAAGCCAGCCCUGGAGCGUUGGCUCUCGUUUUAUGCCCUCCUCAAGCUGCAUGUGUCAUCGAUGCUGGAUUUGACCCUGUCAACCCGCCAAGAUUUACAUGAUCAGUGACUAGACAUGUACAUUGUUUAAUGUAUUAUGCUUUCUAUGAUCUGUACUAUGCACCUUGGUCGAUAGAGAAAGAUUUGUUUGAGAAAAUCUAUAGAAUAAUGCACGAUUACGGGGGGAAAAACAUGGUUUAUGCUCAGCGCUAUUUUUAUGGCGGGCAGAAUGAAUUCGUUUUAGCCAGAGAGCCUUCUUAGAUAAUCCUAGAGAAUGAAUAAAACAUACAUUGUACUAGCAAAUAUCUUUGGUCGAUGUAGUUUUGAGAUGUCAUUUUGGGAUUUGUGAGUGUUUUAGACACAAUACAUACUGUCUCCUGUCUGUUGUAGGCGGCCUUUUAGCUACAGCCCAUUUAAUCCCCUCCCAUGAUGCAUUGUGCUCAUCCCAGUCCCUACUGUAUUUCCUGUUUAUUGUUGCUGCUUUGUCUGGUAAUUUUCUUUCGUCCUCAAAUGUAGUAUAUUUACUCACAUUUUCUAAUUACUAAUAAUUUCUGGUGUUUUGCUCAAGCUCAUACAACCGUUUAACGUAGCACCACUCCUACUGAAGCAAUGUCGUUUUUUGUUUAAUUUUCUCCAGUCAACGUAAUGCAAAGCACUUCCUCGGUUGAUUUGCACACAAUUCAACUCCACGUUUCGAUAGUGAAAGUACAAGCGUGGUGGAGUCUUAUUGUUACAUUGACCCUGUAAUUCCAACGAGACCAAAAGUUACACACAUUGACAUUUGGGGUUUGCUCCAAUGGAGGGCUCUGAGACUGACUUUACUUCGUCUGAACCGGAUGCACUUGGGGCAGACUUCAUCACAGUGGAAUUGGAUACCCAACCCAUAGAAUAUGUUGUCAAGUGGGCCGAGGUCGGGUCCAAGUUCACAAUAUCCUGUGUGAAAAAGGAGGCGGACGAGGGGUCUGGCCUAAAUCUGGAGCAUGUGAAGGCAGAGCCAGACGAGCCCUUCUUUGCACAGUAUGAAGAGGAGUUCACUGGCUGUGAGAUAGCAGAACAGAGUGUUGUAGUAAAGACGGACGACUCGGAUGAGGAUGACCACACUGAGCCAGGGAGUAGCCAGCUGGUUCCUGUUGGAGAUGGCUCUGAUUCGGGCUCAGAGAAAUGGGAAUAUAUCUCACCAGGGGGAUACUACAGCUGCAACUACUGUGGGAAAUGCUACAGUCAUUCCUCAAGCCUAUCAAGACACCAACAAUUGCACACAGGAAAGGCACCCCCACCCCCAAACAAGCAAACAGAUACAGGGUCAGGUGAGGGGAACAAAUACAAAUGCACGCAGUGUGCAAUGCGAUUCAAAAGCAGAAGAGCUCUCGGAACUCACCUGAGAACACAUCGGGGCAUGAGAGUUUACCCAUGCAACAUCUGUGGGAAGGAUUUUAACCACAGCUCCAGUUUGUCGCGUCAUAGGCUCAUCCACAAAAAAGGGAAGGGUAUUCCCUCUGGUGUCAUACCCGCUGAAAUCAGUUAUGUCCGCCGCCCACCUGGCAGCAGGAAUAAGAAGAAGCAGGCUGAGAAGAAGAUCCCUGGCGAAAAGAAGAUCCCUGGCGAAAAGAAGUUCCCUAUCAGGAAGAACCUCUCUGGAGAGAAGUUCUACGCGUGUACACAAUGUGAUAUGACCUUCAAGAACUCCAUUGGCCUCUCAAAACACCAGGUCUCUCAUGUCAAGGACCUGCUUAAUAACUAUGCCCAUGGUAAAGACGGUCUUACCAAGUCCUCUGACUUGAAAAUACGCCUCAAGUUGUGCUCGAGGGACAAACCCAACUUCUACACCCUCUGUAAGAAGAACAAGCGAUCAAGAGCUGCCAAGCGCCAGCGCCAAGCAUCGGUCUCUGAGGAAGAGGAAGGACCAUAUGCAUGCGAGCAGUGUGACAAGCGCUUCAGCCAAGUGCAGAGCCUCGCCAGGCACCAGCAAAUGCACAAGGGAGACAACAAGUUCAGCUGCUCUUACUGUAAAAAGACCUUCACCAGGUUGUCCAACCUCCACCACCAUGAGAGAUCUCACUCCACAGGGGGGAAGUACGAAUGCACAACCUGCAGCAAGACAUUUGUGCACUCGUCCAGCUACUCCAGGCACAAGCGGCAGCACGCAGAGGAGGAGGCCCGCCAGCGGAAGGGCAUAGAUGAGAUGGAGCCACUUGAUUCAGACUCUGAGUGAGCGCAGUCGUGGUCUGCUCUUGACUGCCCACACACAGCUGUCAAAACUCUGGGUUUCAGGGGUUGGGAGUUUUGGGGGGAUUUUGUUUGGGACUGGAAUUGGCUUUACUCUGAGUAUAUAAAGUGUGUAAUGACUUAUGUUUGUAUGGUAUCAGCAAAUUGGAUCUUGGGAUGGGGUUAGGAAUUUGGGUUCAUUUUGAGUGAGAUUCCUCACCCCCUUCCCCCUCACACACAUACACAUUUUACCUAAAUUGCACUGACAAUGUUGUCCUCUGCUGCUCAUGCAAAACAUAUUUUGAUUUAUUUUGUUGAAAUUCCCUUUUGGCCAUGGUUAGUUACAGGUUUAGGGUAAAAGUGUUGCUAGAGUCUCGCCAGCUGUGUAGUAUAUCAGCCAUGUCAAGAUAUCACCCUUACCACACACACAUCAGAAAACUGCUAUAAAAUGCUUCUGAUAUCGAGUAUACCCCCUUUUCUGUAUGUAAUCGUAUUUUUUUUUUAAAUCUCUGAUGUGACAAAGGGUCAAAAUGAAAACCUUGCCAUCAAACUAAAUCCGGAUUUGACCUCAGGGGAUUAAUCUGAUGUCUGCACUACGCCACAUACAGUCCCUGAUUCAAUCAAGCUUCUAUGGUUUAGCCUCCGAUUUGUAUCUGUUCAUUCAAGUAAUCUCUGAUGCUGAAAAAACAACAAUCAAAACGAUGAAGAACUUUGAGGAAAAAAACAAAGGAAGCUUGAUUGAAUCCAGGCAUCGCUAAUUAUUACUCCUUCAAUCAGAAAACUGCGUUCUUUUCCCGUCCCCUACUCAACAUCACUUGAUUAACGAUCUUAAUGACACACAGUGGUGAAAUGAAAAGACAAUAUUUAUUUCUACAUGUUUGGGAUAAUUGAUUUGUAUCUUUUUUGUUGUUGAAAACUGCUAGUGUUGAGUGAUCAACCAAGUUCUCAAUUAGUUUUAUUCUACUACACAGUGUUCAGAUGAAUGUUCAGAUUGUUGAUGUAAGGAUUUGUCCAAAUAUUAAGUCCAGUCAGAUCCUUAGAACUUGAAUAUGCUAUAUUUGAUAUUUGUCAACAUAUACUGCAAUUACCACAACGUAUACAACUGUGACUCCAUAUAUAUGUAUGCAUGAUGAAUAUAACAUGAGAAUAGUUUACAAUAUAUGUCGUUUUUACAUCUGCUGUUCCUGUGUGUGUAAAGCAUUGCUUUUGUGAAAGUGAGAAUAAUUGAGAUAUUUAAUAAUAUGUGCAGUGCAUUUUGACAAAAACAUUCAAAUAUUCCUGGGAUUAGGGAUUAAUAUUUUGUUCAAGUAUUUGUUUAUUGAGGUUGUAGGGGAAACUGCACAACUUAUUUAUGAAUUGGGAACAAAGGUGCAAUUGAAAUGGUAGUGAAUGUGAUUCACGUCAAUGGCCAUCGCUGAAAACACCUUUUAGGUGGCAACACCUUCCGCAUUUGCCCCCAAAGUUCCACCUUUUCAGGUGUACCUUUCAAAAUCGAUUACCAUUCACAGAAAUAUUAUCAAGUGCUGUCAACUACUUACUGUGUAUCUCCAUAAUGCUUGUAUACAUGCAUAGCCAGAUGGAUGUUCUUUUCCAGCUAAACUGUUCAAUAAUCUGUUGAAAGUGCUUAACUAGUCACCUGUUCUAUGUUUUGCAUUUGCUUUAAGCACAACCAGGGUACUCUGAACAAUGAUCAACACUUGACUUUGUGAAUACCAUUUACUGUUUGAAUAGUUUUUUUAUUUGUGACUUCUAACCUCUAUUUCUUUGAGUGUUUGAAAAUGACACAUAGGGAAAGUGUAGUGGCAUGUAUCAAGCACAGACCCAGUCUAUUGCACCCACAAUGAUAAUUGAAGAUGGAACAAUUAUGAUAAAGGCUUGGUACUUUCCCUGUAUUUCUGUUAGUAAAUGUUUUUUUGUUUGUUUGUUUUUGAAGAGCUAGAUUCCCCUGUUUCCCUUAAACCUUAGUUGAGUCGGGUUAAAUAGUUUUGCAUUUUUUGUUUGUGGUUCUGGCCUUUUUCUCCAAUGGCAAACGUUCUUCUCUCUUAUUUUUCAGCAAUCUCAGCUUUUUGAAUUCUGAAACUCAUAUUGUUUUCUUUUUCGCUGUCAUUAUUUCAUUUUUUGAUGCAGCGGACCUACAUCCUAUAGAGUGGUGUAUGUUUUUUGUAUUGUGUUUGCCAUUAGAAUACAGUUGACAUGUUUUGUCUUGCGUUUUGGUAAUAAACCUUUCAUGAAAAAAAUGGUC